UUGUGAAGGCAGCAGCGAGAGUAGUUGGCACGGACUAUACAGAUCGUCGUUUGAAGAACUCUAGCUGAAGGAAACGCGUACGCGGUUUACGGUUUUUAUUUUUUCCUUUUGUCGUCGCCGUCGUUUUGCUUGCGUGUUUUUUUUUUCUAAGUGAAGUGAAUCUAAACUGCUUAACAUUGUAGUGUAUUGCAACAUUUUAGAAGAAGACAACUAAGGAUAAACAGUGAAAACAUAAGAAGAAUAUACAGUUUCUGUCCAGUGCUAAUGUAACUAGAUUCUGUGAAUAGAGUUGGUCUACUGGAAGAAAAGUGUGUUUUUAAAGUGUAAUAAUUUUUAUUCCUAUUCGAAAAGAGUAUCUCUCUUGUACAUCUGAAGAAGAGUGAAGUCUGUUUCCGUUCGCGGUAGUGCGAGUAUUGGUGUAUAGACGGUCGUGUGUGCGUGAAUCGUACAGUGCGAAAACAUUCUUGAAUCUCGCUUGCUUGCUCGCUCGCGCUGAAGAAUUCCAGCAGCAAGUCGCGAAGGUCUCCUGCGGAGUUGGUGCGGCCAGAAGAAUCUUCUUUUGUCAGGGGUGUUCAAGAAGAACAACGUUACGACAACAAUAACAACAACGGAGUGGCCUACUACGACUUCCAAUCAACCAGCGAUCAUCUCGUCGUCGUAAUCAUCGAAGCAAUCUGCAAUUGAAUAUUUUCGUCAUUGAAAAUGUUCAUUUUGUAAGCCAGAGGGGUACGACCAUCCCCUUCCAAAAAUCCAAAUCAACCGACACCGGACUCAUCGGAAAACGGACGCAAAAUGCCGGUUUUCGCGAACUGCCAGCAGUUCGGAGGACUCCACCACUUCUUCAUUCGAUAAGAAGCCGGACCAGGAGACCUAGACCCGACCGGAGAAGCUAUCCCAGCACAAACGACCACUGGCAAUCCCCACACUGAAUCGCAAACGGAACACCCAAACGAACAGACUGAUAUCGCCAUGAAGCCACCGACAGGAGAGGACACAGCAGCGCCAGCCAAGCCCUUGGUUAUGGCAUCGACACCAACAUCGAUCAGCGCCAGCGGAAUGUCCAACGUGGCUACCACUUCGACACAAACACAUACACAACCACAACCACAACCGCAACCACAACAACAACCCAGCAAUGGCAAUGGAAAGAGCUAUUGUAGCUCCACAGCAUUUGGAACGGUUAACUAUCGGAUAAAACCCCCUUCAGCGGCAAAUGCGGGCUCGUCAUCUGCCUCCGGUUCCAAUGCUGGAUGUUUCAUAAAACCAUCGCUGUCGCUCAACUCGCUGCCACCGCAGGCUCCACCCGAGGGUUCGGAAAUGGCACAGAAUAGACUGAGAAUCGAUCGGCCAUAUAAUAGCUUAAAGAAAAAGCGUGACUCGGAGCGUGAACUGUGGCGCCGGUCGUGGGGCAGUGGCCACAGCCAUAGCUCGUGUAGUCUACAGAGCAGCACCACGACCGGCAUUGGCAAGGACGACUUUUGGGCGGCACUGCAGACCAACUACAACUUUAUCAUGGACACAAAUCUGCUCGACAGCUGCCGGGAAGCUCGAGGCGAAAUCGAAGGUCCCGUCGUUCGAGCCGAAGAAGACGACAUGGACUACUAUCGGAGGGCCAUGUACAAACCCUCUCCGAUGCAAACAUUCUACGGUGAUCCCCGCCUGCUGCGGCAGUGGAUCAGGGAGAUGGAGAUUCGCAUUUCACGGAUUCCUUCGAUUACGGAGACGAAGAAGCUGAACAUCGAGCAGCUCCUGAGGCUCUCUGGAGAACAUUCGGAAAUCUACCGUGAAAUAGAGUCCAACUCGCGUGCAGUAGCGGCCUGUGUUCGUGCCUACGAGAAGAAAGCGGCCAAGGCAAGCAAAUUUUCCGGCAACAUCUCCGGAGUUUCUUCGGCCAUCAAUACUACGAGUUCAGACCUCGGGGGACCACCGUCUGGAUCCGGCUCGCUCACUCCGGAAGUUGACGUCCAACCAGGAACGUCCGGUGCGUACUGUUCCGGUAGACUCAGCAACAAAUCCAAGGAGAAUAGCGUCAUCAAAGGACUCGAGAGACGCUACUAUCUGCUGUAUUUGAAGGCGUAUGAAAUUCGGUGUCUGUUGGAGGGACUGUUGGACAAUAAAACCUCGAGCUCUGAUAACAACGCUAGUCUUUCGGAUACGGAUGAAGAGCCGGUCAAUAAGUUAGCUCGACUCAGCUCCAGUGUGAAAUCAAAAUCGUCCGCUUCGCUGCAGAAUGAGUGUUUGAGUGGCGAAGAAUGGGUUAAAGGCAAGAAGCUCUCGAACGCUGGUUUCGAUGCCGAUUCCGAGGGUAGUGAUUGUGAAAUUGUACCGAAAAUUAUCACCUACCACCACCAGAGCCCAACAUCGUCUACGACGGCCACAACGAACACGCCGUCGACACCCCCUUCAUCCGCCGCGAAACUAUUACUACCGAGCGAAGCGAACCCUAUGAUGGAAGCAGCGGACAUACAAAAUCUAUCGACUAAAACGAUUACCAACGGCAACAGUACGGCAAAUUCCUCUGCAACGCUGAUCGGUGCCAAGGACACAUGCGGAAAGCUAUCCGGCGAGGACAUUAUCGAUGGGAUUAUCCGGGAAGCCACCGCACAGGACUUGAUCAACAACAACAACGACAACAGCAGCAGCAGUAACAAUGAAAACUCUAACCCCUUAAUCAAGAAAAGCCCUUCGCCGAAGCAAAAUGGCAGUGGCAAACAGAAACGCAGCAAGACAAGCGAGGCCAAGUUCAAUCGAUCCACUAGGAAGUCGAAAAACUGUGCCACCUUCUACUUCAAGCAUUUGGACACUGAUUCGGAGCUGAAUAAAGAUUCCAGCGAACGGACCAAGUCGGAAGAAUCGUCCAGCUCGUCGGAAGGAGACGAGUGGGUGUACACCAACAAUGGCGACGAUGGCGGUCCGGAAGGAGAAAUCAGCCAGGAUAGUAGCUCCGGUGAUCAGGCCAAGUCGUCGGGUGAGGUGAUUCCCCUGGGCGAUGAGGACGAAAAGGAAAACAAACCGGAUGGUGACGGCAUGCAGGACGGAUUGUUGAAACAGAGUGGAACCAUGGCUGUUGGGAAGGAGAUAAAGUCGAAAAAGUGCCUGGAUUUCACGCAGCAAUCGCUGGGUGGAGUCAACCUGAGCAGUCGGCCGCUGAUGAUGACUUCGAUCGGGAGCUUUGGCAAGAGUACGGAUUCUGUGGACAGUAACGGCAAGAGCGGAUCGCUGAACUCGGCUAAGCAGCAGCAGCAGCAUCAGCAGCAAUAUGCAACGAGUCCAGCGAUCCAAAGGUUAGUGCUGCAUGCCGAAACGCUCGUGCGGGACGAGAUCUUUGCAAAGACUCCCAAAACUGCCGUGAAGAAUCCGCACUAUCUGCACCACUAUCACCAUCAUCAUCACGGUAGUGCCAGCGCCAGUGGAAGCAGCAGCAAUAGCCAUCAUAAGCUUUAUCACAACCUCCACCAUCACCACCAUCAUCAUCAUCCGUCGUCAACGACGUCCUCGUCGCGUCACCAUCAGGGCACGGUUAACAUCAACGGUGGUGGUGGGGGCAGUGGCGCCGGUGGUACCAGCAGCAGUCGGAAGGCGGAGAAAGUGAUGAGCAAUCUCAAGAUCAACCGGAUCGAGGAAUGGCUCGAAAAGCAACCGCUGGACGCGACCACCACGGCUCCCAUCCUCCCCGGUUCGGCCCCCACUACCGAUUGCGAAGCAUCCGGCGAAUACACCGACUCCGAUUCGAUCGCCCGGGACACGGACAGUUCGGAGGGACUGGCCAACUCGGUUGCCACUUGCCUUCAAGGUGAUCAAACCUCCCAGGAGAUGCUCGCCGACAACGUGUACCCAUCGGAAACGUCCAACGUGUCAAAUGAUGAAGUCGAAUCCAAGAACAACAACAGCAACUCGAAUCCCUCGCUGGUGAAACGACGGGUGAACAAAUCCUCCGGCGAACGACCGUGGUCCGUGUCGUGCAUUUCCCAGCUCAACACAUCCGCCGUGGAGAUCAACCAGUACGGCGAACGACAUGAGACACACUCAAACCAGCGGCUGACGGCAAGCUUCUCAAUUAGCGAGUCGGCACUCAACACGAUGUCGCCGGUGCGGCCCGGAUCGCUGAAACAGACGACGAGCAGUGGCAAUGGGAGUCAGUUGGUGGUGAAGAGCUCGGACAGCAAAGGUUCGCUGAAGAAGCGGAAGCUGCGCGCGAGACGAAAGAACCGCAUCGACGAGUCUGGGUCGGACGAAUCGCAGCCAACGCAGCCUUCCACGUUGCACCUUCUACAGCACUCGUUAAUCAUACAGCAUCAGCAGCAGUUGCUCCAGCAGCAACAGCAGCAACCCCUGAGAGAAAUUCAACUAUCGGCCGGAAGUAGUAGUGGUAGUGGCGGCCGCCAACAGCAUCAUCAUCAUCACCAAUCCAACACCCAUCGGGGAGGUUUGCUCAAGUCCGAGUCCUUCUCCGGUCGGAUUCGGCUGUCGGAUGACUUGGUCACGCUGUCGUCACUGUCCGGGUCGUCUGGAUCGCGCAAAUCGUCCUCUGCUCGGCAGACGACGAGGUCAACGACCAUGACGGCAAUGAUGGCCACCGUGUCGACGAAGAAAUCCGCUCCGGAUAGCGAAGAGGAACAUCAACAGCAGCAGGCAUUGAUGGCGAAGCCCCACUUCAAGAUCGGUUCCGCCACUCGCGCUCGCUGCGGCAGUCUCAAUCUAGGAUCAUUAGCCGCGUUGGCUAAUUAUAAUCUAGAUGGUGUGGAGCGGACCGAGGCCAACCUGAUUGGAACCGGUACCGGUACCGAGGAGAUGAGCAGCUUCUCGGAGCAAGCAUGGGACAACUACCAGGAAAAGUAUAUGAGCGAACCGUACUCGGAGGACAGGGAUACGGACGCAGCCCGGCGUUUGCUGGACUUUGGCGAUGACUAUCGGAACUUUAUUGAUUCACAGUCGGACUGUGCAUCCUCGUCGCUGUCGGCGGCAAACAUGGACUCCCUGUCGCCACCGCGAUUCCGCAAAAAUGACUCGCUCAGCAAGAGUUCCGAGCCGAACACAAACUCGUUGAACCGGCGGAAGCGAUUGGACGAGUACCGGAUGGAUGACCGAUACAGUCACAACAUGAACUCCUGGUCCAGCAAAUCGGGCAGCCCGCCGCACCACUCGCUGGACAAGACGCUUACCUCGAGUCGAGGCAAGCACCACGUCCUGUACGAAAGUCCCGACCACUCGCCGAGUGGUAGCAGUGGUGCCGCUGCCGGUGGUGCACUCAGCGGAAGUGGCCGCCGUCGGUCGCUCCGCUCGGUGGACAAGCACAACUCCUUCCUGCGGUCGUUGUCUCACGAGACGAGCUCCAGCUCGAACAACGAGUUCGACGAGGACAUGGAAGCGGAGAUGAAGAAGCUGCUGAUCCAGAGCAAAAUGCGGCUGGCCAACACCGAAGCCCUCAAGGCAAAGUCGCACCUGCUCAAGCCGGAGGACUAUGACGAGAUCAUCAAGACGUGCCGCGAAAACGUACGCUGUCUCGAGACGGUGCUACUGUCCCAGCCGGGAACGGUGCUAACGGCAGCCAAGUGCCAAGACUUGAGAGAUACCAUCCUGUGCUGGGAGAAGCUGCUGAGCUGGGGCGAACGGCGACAGAUUACGACCCAAUUCCAGGAGAAAAUUCAAUCCCUGAAGGAUGUUCUGGAAGACCUGGGCAGCAAGGCGUUCGAUUUCUCCUCGGAGGCACACAUACAGUUGGCCAUCGAUCAGCUGAAGAAUGAACGCAAGGUGCUGCAGAACCAGCGUCCCAAGAUGCUCACGCUCAAUGCCACCGUACACAACUGGGUCUCGGCCCAGGAGCUGCAGCGGAAGGAACUUCUGGACGAUUCGUCGAUCGACGCCAAAAUGGAACAGCUCGACCGGGACAAGAACGUCACCAAGUGUGCGGACCACAAGUGUGGUGCUUGCUACGAUUGUCUGAACGAGCUCCGCGAGGAUUGCACCAUCAACCGGGACAUGAAGGAUGGCAUCAGUCUGCUGUACAGCACAUGGGAUGAGGCGGAAGUGAGGAUAAGGAACCGAAUCGAAAAACUGUCCAGCUCGAUGAUGACGUGGAAGCAGCUGGAGGACGGUUUGAGCGAUUUCAAGGAUAUCCUGGACCGUGAUCGUGGGAAACUUCAGGGGAUCGAAGGGGCCCUGCAAAGCGGGGCCGGAAGGACUGACGAAAUGGUCAAUAGUGUCAAGGAAGUGGUUAAAGCUCUGUCCGAAAAUGUUGAGCCGCUUUUUCAGGAGCAUAAUAUAUCCAUACCGGUCAAUCUUAAGCUCUCGUCGAGUGGUUCUCUUUCUGAUAGUGGCAUUUCCGAUGGUGGUGGCAUGUCUGAUGGCAGCCUAUCGGAGCGGGAGAAGCGAUUGAGCGCGCUGAAGAGGCUGGUCAAGCAGUUGGAAGUGGCCCUCGCUCCGGGAAGUGAAGCCAUGCAGACGAUCACCAAGCGACUGGAGAUGGCCGAGCAUGACCUGCGCUCGCUGCAGAACACCUGCCGGAAGAUCAUCAUGAACGAGAAGGGCGAUGGUACCGGCAGUCGGAACGAAGGCGAAAGCGAUCAUGGGGAAAGCAGCAGCAAUAACAACGAUGCGAGCGUGAAGAAUAAGAACAGGAACAAGCAGGGAAGCAAGAAAAAUCGUAACUCCAGCCCGUCUAAAUCGGACCGAUCCAAGUCCCGUUCAGUUCAGUCACUGGACGAAACGGAUUCGGAAGAAAGUCGCCUCCACCAGGAUGGGCUAACGGAAACUCUAACUCAUCAGCAGCAGCACCAGCACCAGGAUCACAUCCAGCAUGCCACUACCGCCCAAUUGGGUCUGAUUCAGACCACCAAAUUGAAACUGUCUCAGAAUCGCUGGGUCUGGCGCAUCACCAAGAUCGCCGUCCCGGUCCAGCUGGCGCUGGUUCUGGUAAUGUGUGCGGCGUGUUUCUUCGAACCGCACUGCUGCGAUGCCCUCAAUACGUACUCGAUGAGUUUUACGCCUCAGUUGCGCUACAUCAAGGGACCUCCACCGGUGUGAAUCCACCGGAGGUGCAACCCCCCCUAACAACAUUCAAACUUUUCCUUCGCUCCGGCGAGGGGAAAAUGAAGCGUUUUUGUUUUUGAUUUUACACGGAUAAUUUUUAUAUCCUGGAGAUAUAGAAUAGUUGUGCAUUAUUUCUUAGCAUAUAAGGGUUCCACUUUUUAAUCGCAAUCUAUUUAUAAAAUGAACUUCAGCAAUCAGAUUCAUUUCCUUCGUGGAGGUUUAAACAUUUCAAAAAUGUUUUUACCUCACAAAGGGUUUCUUAUUUUAUAGGAAGUGAGGGAAAGGGAAGAAGCAGUGGAAACUGGAGUGCUCUUAGCAGGUAAAUUAUCACUGUUUCCUAUUUCACUACUUUUUUAGUUGUUAGCGAAUAAGUCAGUGUUGGGCGUCGACCAUUGUCGUAGGUUUGAAUUGAAAAUUGAUCGGCCCCAACCAAAGAUAGCAAAGUGUGCACGACGAGUGAAGGAGAAUGCAACUGAAAAACGGAUGUGCCUUCAGCGUAUGCAGAACCUAUCAGAAACAGAUUACCAUUCUUUCUUUUUUAAGCAGAAAUUUGUUGUUGCUACAAAAUAGCAUUAGAAAUAAAUCCAGCAGAGUGGAUGUUCCUCCGUUAACACUUGUUUUCCCCCAUCGUUUCCGUCAAUACAGCAAUGCAGUCAGUACUAUUUUGAACAUCUCUUAGUUGCUCAAACAACGGAAUUCUAAAACUGCCUUUUUACCAAGAAAUAGAACCAUAUAAAACGUUCGGUGUCGUCAGAAAUUAAUUUCACUAAUCCGUUGCAAUAUAUGUAUUGUAGAACAAAUUAAACUGUCCUUAUUUUGUAAAUUUUUGGGCGUUCGUAUUGAUCUUUUCUUCAACUAACUCGAGUUCUGUCUAUAUAUCUGUAUGUAAAUCUUCUCCAAUUACCGAGAGUACUAUCGAUUUUGUUUUUAAUAAUAUUAGUAGAUGUUUUCUUCUUUCAUAUAUUUUGGAGGGAUAAAAAUAAAAGGAGAACGCAUUUUUUAGCGUAUCCCUCCGCGGUAAGUGUAAACUACAAGUUUAUGGUGAAACUUGUGGAAGAAAAACAGAUAAGUACAUUGAAAAUAUAUGUUUAUAUUUUUAAUAAAA